AUGAAGAUUCCUUAUCAGCAAGUUGUUGAGGAAGAUCUUGAGAUGGGCGAACUAGCUAAAGGAACCGCCCCAAGACAGAACAACAAGGCAGAACUGAUUGUUGUCUUCCACAAUUACACAAUAUCCACCACAAAACUCAGCCGCCGCCAUUCCAACAGAUGGUGUGGUGAUUCUGCUACAAAAGGUGCCUCCAAUGCACAUCGCACAAUCUUCUCCGGUAUCCAACCGACAGGUGUACCACACCUAGGUAAUUACCUAGGUGCGCUGAGGGAAUGGGUUCGAUUGCAGAAGGCUGCCACCGAAGACACGAAAUUAUUCUUUUCCAUUGUGGAUUUGCAUGCGCUCACAAUACCCCAAGAACGUAGCCAGUUGAGGGCUUGGAGAAAGCAAAUGCUCGCCACAUUGAUCGCGGUGGGCCUAGAUCCGAAUCGCUCUACGCUUUUCUACCAGUCCACCGUUCAAUCGCAUACUGAGCUAUUCUGGAUUUUGUGCACGACUGCAUCGAUGGGAUAUUUAUCACGGAUGACUCAAUGGAAGAGCAAGCUUCAGUUACCCGAUGAUGUGACUUUGGAUAGUCAAGCAGCAAGAACCGAGUUGCGGCUUGGUCUUUUCUCGUAUCCCGUCCUCCAAGCAGCAGAUAUACUGGUGCAUAGAGCUACUCAUGUGCCCGUUGGUGAAGAUCAGAGGCAACAUCUCGAAUUCUCUCGGAAUCUCGCGAAUGGGUUCAAUCAUCGCUAUGGCCAAAUCUUCCCGGCUCCGGAGGCUCUUAUAUCGCCCGCUAAGCGAGUGAUGUCUCUCAAAGAGCCUACACUCAAGAUGUCCAAGUCCCAUCAUGAUCCUCGAUCCAGGAUUCUUCUUACCGACUCUCCUGAGGAUAUUCGUAGGAAGGUGAAGGUUGCUCUUACAGAUUCAGAAGCCGGUGUAACGUAUGACCCAGUUCGCCGGCCGGGGGUCUCUAAUCUUAUAGAGCUUCUUAGUCAUUUCGAUGGGAGAUCAUGCGAAGAGCUGGUCUUGGAGUACCAGUUCACCAGUCUCAGAGCUCUGAAGGAAACCCUCGCUGGUCAGGUUUCGAACAGCCUUGCGCCUAUUAGGGAAAAGUACUUGCAGCUCAUUGGAGAUGACAGUGGGUAUCUAGAUGCUGUUUCGGAACGAGGCACUCUCACAGCUAGGGCCAAUGCUGAACAAACCAUGAAUCUUGUCAGGGACGUGAUGGGACUGUGAAAGGGCCCUGUUUCAAUAUCUGAUUGUCUGUUGAUAGUAGCAAGGCACCCUUUGCACUGUCAAGCCGCUGACUAAGCAAACAAACCUUACAAUCUCAUGCCUGACAUGCCGGGCAGGGUGCAGCCCAACAGGUAAAUUACCAUUUCUGUUAUACAACAAUUGCAUGGUCGUGGAUCGACCAUAUCCUG